CGACGGCGCGCGCGGGCGGGGGCAGAAGCCGGCUAGAGUUGGAGCGGUCCCGUUGGGUUUGGGAGGGACAAGGCCUCCAACCCGGUUUAAAGCAUCUGAGACGGAAUUUACACCUCUUCCGGUUGGAGAUUACAAAACAUAGCCUGGGCUUAGAAGGGAGCAGCCAAGAUGAUUUUCGGCAGUGUCACUCGCCCUUCUCUCCUGGCGGUGUGGGAAGCAGCUCUUCCCCCCUCCCGGUGAUGAUCCCUGCCAAAGGCACUUCGGAGCAGGACCGGUUUGAAUGAAAAGAAAGCUGAAGAUUCUUCAAUCAGUAUGUCAUCCAACACAGAUGUUUCUCUUGCUUCAUAUGAUGAAGGUCAGGGGUCUAAAUUUAUCCGAAAAGCUAAAGAGGCACCAUUUGUCCCUAUUGGAAUGGCGGGUUUUGGAGCAAUCGUUGCAUAUGGAUUAUAUAAAUUGAAGAACAGGGGAGAUACUAAAAUGUCCCUUCACCUGAUCCACAUGCGUGUGGCAGCCCAAGGUUUUGUUGUGGCUGCAAUGACUCUUGGUAUGGGCUAUUCCAUGUAUAAGGAAUUCUGGGCAAAACCUAAACCAUAGAAGAAGAGAUGCUGUCUUGGUCUUGGUGGUGUUUGCUAUAGUUAGACAUCUCAUAUUGAGGUUAUAUGUUUAUGUUGAAAAUAAAUCAUUUGAGAGGGUCAGACAAUGACACAUUGAAUAUUGACUUCCUAUUUUGCAGGCUUGAUUUCCCAGGUGACUAAAUUACUAGUGACUAGUUCACUAGCUAGGUCAUUCAGGGGCGUCAGGUUAGCACAUAAGAAAUACGUCAUUUUAAAUGCACUUGAUGUGGUAAAAUGUCCACCUUGUUAAACUCUUCUGGUGAAAUUAGUUCUAAGCAAGAACAACAUGCCAAUCCUGAAGUACUCCCAGUUGCUGCAGAAUCUCACAUGCUUUUGAUGUUAUGUAGGAAUCCUAUUUGCCCCAGUUACUUUGACUUUAUUCUGCCUGCCUUUUGGACUGAAUGAGGACUUCAGUUUUUAGGGCUGACUGGCUCUUAAAGAACCCUUUCAGAACAGUGCAUGGCAUAUAAUGUUACAAACCCCCACAACUGAACGUGUGUGUGUUUAAACCAAACCUAACAUGCUGAUAACAGCUGCUAGAAGGUAGUAUUUAUUUUAGAGUCACACUUGUAAAUGUAAAAUAAUUAUGGAUCCCAGUUUAGCUCUUUUCUAAUUGCAGAAUUAUAUUUUUGCUGCUGUUAUAUUAGAAUCAUUUUUAAAUGUCACCUUGAAAUAGAUAUAUGUAUUUUAAGUGCUAACACAUAGGUAAUGAAAAAGUUUUUAAAUAUUUGCUGUAUGUUCAUUUUCUCUGUAAGAAUCAUAAAUGUUAAACUAAACAAAUUAUCUAUAAUGGAAAUGGUGACUGAUUUAAGAGCAAGCUCUGGAAAGACAUUAUACAAAAACUCUGGUGUACUACAGAAGGCUUUAUUGCAUUUGUGAAAUUCUAACCUGAAUUACAUUCCAUGGUGAUAACAUGGUAAAUGUAGUGUUAUUAAAGUAAGUGAACACAUCAAA